AUGGGGAAACAGGGCCGUCAACGAGCGGCAAAAGUGGGGGCGGCGGCCCUCGCAGCAGAGCACUUCGCCCUUGCAGUUGAACCAAGAUUCCGAUCGAUUGUUCCGCGCCGCCUCAGCACUUCAACAACAAAGAGGCACCUCGCCCAACCCACGCAUGAGCAUUCAAGCUGCCCAAACCUCACCCACUCGUCCAAUUCUCUUGGCAUAGCUUCCAAACCACGCGCAACGACCAUUGGCUUACUGCUGCUCGCUCGGACAUCACGCACAGGGAACGGAUCUCUCGCCGACAAUCCGAAAAGAGCUUCGGUAAUGCCCUCGGCAACACACAUCGAGUCGCCCGCACUCUCCUCGGGUAAGAAGCGAAGAUGGGACGACAACGCGGAACUACAGACGCCCCUGUACGCUCUCCAGAACCCGCCCGCAAACCUUGAAGUACCUUCUGGAGACCCGUUUUCUGUCCACAAAUAUGCCCAAGCAGGCAACGGUGCUUUACGAGACGACGUGGACCGCAUAGUCUAUCACCACACCGCCAGCCUAAACAGGAAGACCGUGCCGGACCUCACAGAAGCGUGGCAGCGAAAGAUCAGACCACUACCAUCGGCCAAGCGAAUAAGAGUCUCGGAUGACAGCGAGAGCCCAGGCCAGAAGCAGGUCAAGCAGGACCAGGACCACAGCAGCAGCAGCAGCAGCAACUACUCCACACCCCCGGUAUCGCCCCAGAUAUUGCCCCAGGCAGGGGCAAGGACAACUUCUUCGGCACUCCUAAGCCCAUGUCACAUAUGCCACCGGAAGCCUACCAAAAGGUCAGAGCUCGACUCCUUUGCAGAUUGCGAGGGCUGUGGUCAGAGGACGUGCUAUGUUUGCACACGGCAGUGCCAGGGCUGGCUCCCAGACGCCCAAAAGCAACCCGCCCGGGAGCGGUCAGGGGAAGACCCGGGGGAAGCGCUGUCGAGAUCAUUUACAAUGCACGAUGCUGAUGACGAGGCUCACUGGCACAUCGAGCACCAUAACCCGACUAUCAUUGGGGCCAAAGAACAAAGCGGUACCGGGGGGUGGAAAGCCAAAGGCCACGGGUCUGUGAUAUGCAGCCGUUGCUGUGUGGAGCGUGGAAGCCAGGGAGAUGUGAUGUGUCUAGGCUGUCUGGCCCAUGUGGAGGGCGCUUAGGAUGACAAUCAUUCAUCCUGUUCAACCUGGCGGCAUAUAAAAGGGCCACGAAAAUACUGAUCGAUACCACUACGAAACUUGGCGAGGAGGAAGGGGAAUCAUGAAACGACCAACGAACAACACCAUGGAUAAGGAAGACAAACAGGGAGGAUGGCUGUAUUUUGGACGAUGACGACAUUAAUGAGGCAUAUUUAUACCAAUUCAUCAUGCAUUAGCACCUUUG